CAUCAGAUUUGUUUAUUAUUAAUAACCUUAUUAUAAUAUCAAAUCUUAUUAACAAUUUUCUAUGAAACCACUUUUUAUACACUAAACUGUCCCACAAGAGUCAGUUUUCUUUCUUCUUUCCUAUCAACAUUGCUCUUUCUCCACUGACUCACACACACACAAUCACACACAAAGGUUUGUAGCUAGCUAUAGCUAUAUAUUACAGUUCCUUAAACUGUUUUGUAAUGGAUGAAAAGUGGAAGCUAUCAAAGAAGGAAAAAAGUUCAAACACAUCAUCCACCAAGUCAUCAUUAUUCUCAAGGAGCUGUUCAACAAGAGGCUCUUCUUCAAACUCACCACUACUUUUGAAGAGUUUUUCACAAAAGAGUUCUUCUACAUCUAAUAACAGUGGAAAUCUUUCAAGAAGCUAUUCACAGAAGAAUCCAUCAAUAGGUAAGAAAUGCACCAAUAUAGCCAAAGAACAGAAAGCAAGAUUUUACAUCAUGAGGAGAUGCGUAGCCAUGUUAGUUUGUUGGCACAAACAUGGAGAUUAAUAGUAUUCCUAAAGGGAGGUGCAGAUAGCAGAACAAGUCUAUUGCUCAGAGUCAGAUCCCCUUUUAAGUAUACAGCUUUUUUUAUUUGAAUUUAGAGGGAUCCUAUUUAUUUUUUUCCUUUUUUCAUCUUUGUAAUUGUAAUUAUGAAUCACCUAUAAGUUUUGCACAUUA